AUGGCCGACGAGAAGAAUGAUGGAGAGCGCUCACUUCGUCCUGUCGCCUUUGCUGCUGUCGUUUUUUCAACUGUGGCAGUUUCGUCAUGUCUAAUCACUUUCCCGUUGAUUCUUCAUCACAUUCAAACGCUUGAGUCUCAUGUCGCUCUUGAUCUCGAGUUCUGUCAGGCACGAGCCAGGGACAUGUGGAAAGAGAUGUUGGAUAUUGAGAGUGGAGGGAAAAGAGAUGCUGGGAAACUCGCCGAUAUGAUCAUGACACACCGUCGAAUCGAAAAACGUGACACUUUGGCCGAGUUCUGGAAUCGUCGACUUCACGAUGCUGAGCUACGAGAUGAACCCAUUCAAACUAUUAGACAAGAACGCGAGAAUCCUACUGGUUGUUGUACAUGUCACAAGGGACCACCUGGAGCUCCCGGAGAACCAGGAAGAGAUGGAGUUCCCGGUCUUGAUGGAGAACCUGGACCCAUUGGACCCCCAGGACCCCCAGCUCCACCUGGACCUUCUGCCGAGUCUCUUUUCCCUGAACAAUGCCCAUGUGAGGCGCCACCUGGCGAACCUGGCUCAAAGGGACCACCUGGACCUGAUGGACCCCCGGGACCACCUGGACCCUCUGGAGAUGAUGGAAAACCUGGAGAUCAAGGAACUCGUGGAGGACCUGGAUUGCCUGGAAAUCCUGGUUCACCUGGACGUCCUGGGCCUCCAGGAGAACCUGGUACUUAUCGUACUGAGGUUGGACCUAAUGGAAGACCUGGAGCUCCUGGCCGUCCCGGUCCCCCGGGUCAGCCUGGACCACCUGGAUUAUCAGGAACUGAUGGAAAGAAUGGACCCUUGGGACCAUCUGGUCAACCAGGACCACCUGGACAACCCGGACAAAAUGGCUCUCCUGGAGACGCGGGACCACCUGGAGAUCUUGGAGCUCCUGGCAGUUGCGACCAUUGUCCACCCGCUCGACUUGCACCUGGAUAU